AUGGAGGGAACAUCAUCAUCAGGCUCUGAUAAUAACACUCUUCUUUUGGUUGAUGAGUUCUACUUUUCAUCUCUCCAUGAUGAUGAUGAAGUAUUUCCCAUUUCAGAUGAGAAAUAUGCACAAGAGUUGCAGCUUCAAGAGGCUCUAAUGUCCUCUGCAAGUGCUUCAUUAAGCCCCCAUAUUACUACUCAGCCCCCGAAAAUCGGGGAAGGUGUUGUUGAACCCGUAAUGAAAAUGUUGAAGGGGAAGGAAAAAGAAAUUGGACAAUCCUCUGAAGGUUUUUGCGGGAUCUGCUUGGACGUAAAAUCGACCGGAGAAAUGUUCAGAAGCAGUGGCUGCAGCCACACAUUUUGCUGUGAUUGCAUUGGGAGAUAUGUUGGGACAAAAAUUCAGGAAAAUAUUUCAGCGGUGAAGUGUCCUGACGUGAAGUGCAAAGGUGAGUUGGAGCCACAGUCAUGCAAGUCAAUUAUUCCCAAGGAAGUGUUUGAUAGGUGGGAAAAUAUACUUUGUGAAUCAAUGUUUCUGGGGUCUCAGAAGGUUUACUGCCCUUUUAAGGACUGCUCCGCCAUGUUGGUGGAUGAUGGAGAAGAGGUGGUGACUGUCACCUGGUGCCCGCAUUGCUGGAGAAUGUUCUGUGCUCAGUGCAAGGUUGCAUGGCAUGCGGGAAUUGAGUGCUGGGAGUUUCAGAAUUUGAAUGAGGAUGAAAGAGAGAGGGAUGAUAUCAUGGUGUUGGAGCUUGCUAAGAAGAAUAAAUGGAGGAGGUGUCCUACUUGCAAGUUCAUUGUGGAAAAGAAUGAGGGCUGCUUACACAUUACAUGCAGUUUAAAGUACUGA